ACAUCUUCUGCAUAAUAAAUCAAUGAAGAGUGGGGGCUGGGCAUGGCCCCAAAAGCAGUCGCACCACUUCGUCCCUGCCGUGGAGUCCAAUUAAAGGAACGACGAUGGCGGCACUCCGCUACGACGGCCUCGAUGACGGAAACUUCCACGUCCCUGGAACCACACUCCGCCUCCUCCUCUUCAUCUCCCUCCCCUUACUCGUCUUCUCCGUCCUCCUCUGCCUCUACCUCCGCUGGAUCUGCCUCCGCCGCGGCGCCGGAACGCACCCGGUGAACGCACUUCCUGCUGCGGCUGCCACCGGACUCGAUGAACGGACCAUAAAUAGCUUCCCGGUGCGGUUGUCGCUGGCCGGGGAGGAGGCGGCCCAGUGCUCGAUUUGCCUGAGCGGGGUGCCGGCCGGGGAGAAGGUGAAGGCGUUGCCGGGCUGCGGACAUGGGUUCCACGUGGAGUGCGUCGACGAGUGGCUACGGGUGCACGCGAGCUGCCCGCUGUGCCGGGCGACGCCUCGUGGUUCGCCGGCAGGAUUGGCGCUGCAGAUUUAGGAGAGGCAAUAGAAUUAUUUAAACAAUAAAUCAGAUGAGCAUGUAAUAAUAAUAAUUUUUUAAUAAAGUUUUUAUAAAUUUAGUCAA